AUGGUCACGAUAGUCCUGGGCUCCCAAUGGGGGGACGAAGGCAAAGGGAAGAUCACUGAUCUUCUCUCGCAGAAGGCUGAGCUCUGCUGUCGGUCUGCUGGCGGACACAAUGCCGGACACACCAUUGUACACGAUGACAUUACCUACGACUUUCACAUCUUACCCUCCGGCCUUGUGUCUCCUACCUGUGUCAACCUGAUCGGUGCCGGGACGGUUGUCCACGUUCCCAGCUUCUUCAAGGAGCUCGCUUCUCUCGACGGGAAAGGGCUGAAGGACGUCCGGGACCGUGUGUUUAUCAGCGAUCGUGCCCAAGUGUGUUUCGAUCUCCAUGCUGUCGUGGACGGUCUGGAAGAGGCGGGGCUUGGUACACGCAAAGUAGGGACUACUGGGAAGGGAAUUGGGCCAUGUUACAGUGACAAGGCCGCAAGGCGGGGUGUCAGGAUAGGCGAUAUCAUGGACGAAGGCGUGUUGGAGUCCAAGUUGAGGAGCUUGGAGGCUGGCUACCGAAGGAGAUUCGGCGAGCUGGACUAUAACGUCGAGGAGGAGAUUGCCAGAUUCAAGGAGUACCGAAGUCUUCUGAAACCACAUAUCGUCGACCAAUUGACACUGGUCAAGAAGUUUGAGGACGAGUCUGCCUCUAUACUUGUAGAGGGAGCCAACGCCCUCAUGCUCGAUAUCGAUUACGGCACAUAUCCCUUCGUGACGUCUUCCUGCACCGGCCUCGGAGGAGCCGUUCAGGGAGUAUGUCUAAAUCCGACCUCCAUCAAGUCCAUAGUCGGCGUCGUAAAGGCCUACUGCACGCGAGUGGGAUCGGGACCUUUCCCCACCGAACAGCUCAACGAGGUUGGUGAAAAGCUGCAGGUUGCCGGCCGCGAGUUUGGUGUAACUACCGGUCGCAAGAGGCGUUGCGGUUGGCUAGACAUGGUCUUGCUACGCUACAGCGCCAGAAUAAACCACUAUACCGCCCUCAACCUGACCAAGCUGGACAUCUUGGAUGACUUUGACGAGAUCAAGGUUGCUGUCGCAUACAAGCUCGACGGCAAAGAACUCGAGUCUUUCCCUGCUAGUUCAGAUGCCUUGGAAAAGGUUGAGAUUGUCUACGAGACUCUUCCUGGAUGGAAGUCGACGACCAUGGGCGUCUCCAAAUGGGAGGAUCUCCCCGUGAACGCACAGAAAUACGUUGAAUACAUCGAGCACUCGCUCGGCGGUGUCCCUAUAAAAUGGAUCGGGACCGGCCCGGCUAGAUCACACAUGAUUGACCGCAAUUAG